AUGAGUAUCACCGCCUGGACCGACGAGGAUGUUCGAGCAGCCCUCGUCCCUCAGAACGAGUUCCCUCCUUGCUCCUAUCUUCGAGGAACUCGACUAGGUCGAGGUGCAUGUGCCAGCGUCUAUAAGGUGCUGAACGUCAAGACCGGAGGCCUAUUCGCCGGCAAGUCCUCUCCUCAGGCUGUCGAUCACCUACGAGAGGAAGCUAGAAACUUGACUAGACUGAAUCAUCCCCAGAUUGUCAAGUUCAUCGAAUACUGUGAGGACAAGCACAACCCAGCCGCCAACGUCCUUGUCAUGGAGCUCUGCGCCGGUGGCAGUCUUCAAGACAGAAUUCAUGACAACUCUAAAGGCCUCAAUGGUCAAGACACUCUGCGAGUCUUGCUCCAGAUUGGGCAAGCAGUUGAGUAUCUCCACGAACAAGGGCUUUUUCAUACCGACAUCAAGCCACGAAACAUCGUGGUUCGAUCAUGGGCACCAGUCAAUGUUGUCCUCGGCGACUGCGCCGAGGUAAUGAAGGUCCAACACAUUGACCCUCGGAAACGCCCAUAUGGAACCCGUUCAUACUGGUCUCCAUAUAUGGAGAAGCAUAGUAGGAACAGCGGGAAAAGCGACGAUAUUUGGGCACUGGGCAUCUCACUUCUCGGGAUGAUGGCCCAGUGGCCUCGCUGCCUCAUUAAACAAGAGAAACUAUACCCAAAGAAGUGCUACAACCAUGCACACGAGCUACACAAGCUCAAUCUUGGUGACGACCGAACCCAGAUUCUAUUGCGCCUACUGGUGUGGGAUCAUAACAAGCGGAUCACCGCCCCCCAGCUGGUGAAGCUGACGGCUGAGCGUCUGGAGGCUGGCCCUAAUUUUGUCGAGGAGCUGAAGUCUCCUGAGGGUUUCCAGCCUUUGGUGUUUUGGUAG